UCUUCCCUCCACCCAGCACCUCCACCCCACUACAUCUCUGCACUCUACCCCCACACAUCCACCCUUCUAUAUCUACCAACACGAGCAUCACACACUUCCAAAAUGAACCAAGUUGAAGACGUCGAGGUCGUGCUCACGCACGCCCGGCGUUACAAGUUUCACUCCGGCACGCUCGCGCGCAACAGCACCGUGCUGGCCGGAAUGCUCACGGAGCAGAACGCUGCGAAAUUGAGCAACCGGGCCAAGAACGCGAACGUCCACACUAGGUGGAUGGUCGAGUUGAAGCAUCUUCCUGACCGGGAGCACCCGGCUGGUCUCAUGGGACUGGUUGAGCUCAACUCAAGCGGUGAACGUGCUGAUGGCCGUAGCGGGCUCAUUCCCAACGAGAAUGGACGUGUACCUACCAAGAUCUUCGACCAUUACGAGGCUAUAUUAUAUGCUUUUUACAACAAGGAGAUCCGCAUCAGCGACGCUGAUAUGCGUUCUGCUCUGGAGGAUGUGACGCAGAUGGUAUCUAUCGCCGAGUACUUGGGUUGUCUGGCCGUCGUCAGCAAACCAGUUGAGGUCGCACUUCUUAAGCACGGUCAAAACUUGUAUCGCAGCAUCCAGGCCAUGCCCGGAUCUUGGAUUGGCAUGUCUAUGAGCAUCAAGAGCGAGAGCAUCUUCAAGGAGGCCAUGAUCCACUUGGUCGGCAACUGGCCGCGAGUCAAGAAGCAUGCGAUGCCAGCCUUGAAAGACUAUCCAGCUGUCAAGGAGUUGGUGGAGAAGCAUCGCGGAGCGCUGAUGAAGAAGGGCAAGAAGAUAGACACUGGCGUCAUGUCGCUCUACCCGGGAGAUAUGUGCGCCCCAUCCCAAGAUUUGCCCAUCAAGCGCGAGGACUACUCUAGGGACGUCUUGAUCUGGAUCGCGUUGACGUGGUUCCGACACUGGGUCGGCCAGCGCCUCAUCAUGGGAAAAGGACAUACAGGCGAGGACAGUGGUUUUGAGCUUUAUCGUCAGAUCGGUGCUGCCGGAGAAGCGUACAUGGACAAGGUGGUCAUCAAUCAGUUCCACGGCAAGUUCCCCAUGACCAAGAAGGCUUUGAACGUUUGCGAGAACCACCUUUUGGAGAUCAAGGAGUGCAUGAAAAACUUCAUCGACAAGCAGGGCGUUUUGGAGGUCAAGUGUGAGCUCGAUGUGCAUAAGUACCCGGUCCCGUACCUUACCUGCAUUGACUUUAACCGCGAUGAUCUACCAUGGCUCGAGCAUGAGAAGCAGCAGAAACAGGUUGCGGGAACCAAGCGUGGUGUUCGACCUGGCGGUAAUGCGAUUGCACGUCAGAAUCUACAGGCUGCUUCCCGCGAGCAGGCUGGUGUGGAUGUGGAUGAUGGCAGUGCCGGAGAGGAAUCCGAGGAGGAAGCCUGGGACAAGGACGAGAGCCGUAAACGGGCUAGGCGUGCUUGA